AUGCACGGUUGGCAGAGAUGGUCGAUUAAUAGUGGCGACGGACAUGAAACUCCUACAUCAUUUCAUCGUCUUCAUGAGAUCUCUUUAAUAAGUUGUCCAGAACUUGAUGAAGUGUCGAUCGGACUGAUACCUUCACUUCGGGUUUUAUAUAUAAAAGAAUGUUCAGAAGCAGUGUUAAGAAGCGUGGUUGUUUUGUCCUCAUCACUUGUUGAAUUAAAAAUGUUAAAUGUCAAAAGACUUACUCAACUACAUGGAGAACAUUUAAUGCAUCUUGGGGCACUUGAACAUCUAUAUAUCAGGAACUGUGAUGAGCUGAGAUGCUUGUGGGAACGAGAAUCAGAGGCAUGCAAGAGUCUUGUGAGUUUACAGAAGUUGGAAGUAAUUAAUUGUAAAAAGUUGGUUUCAUCAGCCGAGAAAGAGGCUAAUAUUGGGAUCAGCAUGGAAUCACUUAAAUCUGUGGAAUUUCAUAACUGUGAGACAUUGGAGAGUUACAAUUGUACAAAUACUGUUGAGAGGUUGGUCAUCAGUACUUGUGCUUCAGUAUCAUCCAUCCUUGACCUGCUCAGCAGUGCAGGAGCAGCCAUCCCCUCUUACUGA